AUGGUUGGUAAACGUAAAAGAGAAGCAGUUUCUUUGCUAAAAGAGUCCAGUAGCAACAAUAAGGUCUCUGGAAAGCCCAUCAAUAAGAAACCAUCCUCAAAAAAGGUUACGGACGUCAGCUCCGAGCCUGAUCUGUUGACUUCUGAAGAAGAUGAUGAUGAUUCUUUGAGUGAGGACGAAGAAUCGGAUGAAGAAAAAGUGGAGGACGAAGAGGAGGGAUCAAACGGUCAUGCUCAGGAAGAUGAAAUAGAAGAAGAAAAUAAAAAGGCAGUCAAAAAUAAGGAAGUUUCAGCACAAGAUGUUCAAGCUGCUCGCGAAGCCCCAGAACUUUUUAAAUCAAGUUUGUUCAAGCUCAAGAUUGACGAAAUGCUCAAAACUGUCAAAAUUAAUGACAAGACCACCAAGAAGAUGGAAAAGAUUUUAUUCAAGCUCAACUCUCUCAUAAAAUCAAUCGCAGCAACUGAAGAACUUUCUCUUGACGAUGCCGAAGAAGUCAUUCGAAAAUCAUCCACAAAGAUUGCCAUUCCAUUUUCCAACCCCAAACCCGCUCGCGAUAUUAAAUAUUCAUUCCAAUACCUUCCUCCCGCCAGCGUCAACGUUGUAGGUGGCUUUUCAUUAAAAACCAUCAUUCGACAGCCUGAAGGAAAUGUUAUCGAUAUGAUUGUUGUCAUGCCAAAAGAUUUAAUUCAAUCAAAAGAUUAUCUGAAUUAUAGAUACCUCCACAAGCGUGCAUUUUACAUUGCCUACUUGGUCAAGGAGCUCCAGAAAAUUUCCUCACAAGAAAAACUUCCGUUUAUAUUCAGCUACAAGUAUCUUAACGAUGAUCCGUUAAAACCUGUCAUUCGAAUCACUUCUGCACAUGGCAAAUCAGACCUUCACUUUGGUAGCUCCAAGUUUAGUAUUCAUAUCCUCGUCGCUUUACCGCAAAACGCCUUUGAUUACAAGAAACUUUCUCCGGAAAAGAAUGCAAUUCGCGUCCAGCUCCCACCAUCCAAAGAAGACUUGACCAUGCCUGCAACUCCCCUCUAUAACUUUUCCAUUCUUACUGACGCAACUUACACUACUUAUAACGAGUUCCUCCACCGUGCUGUUAUCGACUGUGAAAGCUUCAAAGAUGCUUGUCAACUCGGUAGAUUAUGGUUGUUCCAACGAGGAUUUUCCAGCUCAGCUUUUGCUGGAGGUUUCGGUCACUUUGAAUGGGCCAUGCUGACGGCCAUUUUAUUAAACGGCACUAGAUCAGAUACCCACACUUUAUUAAAGGGCUACAGUAGUUAUCAACUUUUUAAGGGUGUCUUGCAAUUUCUCAGCUCGGUAGACCUUCAACAAAAUGCGCUUUCGUUUUCAGCCCAAGAAGGACAAACUUCAAAGUUUAGUGCAAAUGAAUUAGAUGUGCCUCUAGUUACAGAUCGUGAUUAUUAUACAAACAUCUUUGCAAACGUUUCCAAAUCAAGCUACAGUAUGAUCCGCCACGAGGCCUCCGUUUCCUGUGAUUUGCUUUUGGAUAACAGCAAAGAUCGAUUUGAUUUCAUUUUCCUUAGAAAAUUGUUUGUUUCUGAGCUUCGUUAUGACACUUAUUUAACUGUCGAGCUUCCUAUUCCUGACGAUGAUCUGUCUUACACACCUUUUGAAAAGAUCAAAUACCCAUCAUACAAGAGAUAUUUUGCUGAAAAGCUAUUCAGAACUUUGAGUGAUGGGUAUGUGGGUAGAGCGCAUAAUAUUCACAUCACCUACAAGGAAACACCAUACUGGGGGCUGGAAAGACGACGCAUGCAUGAGGUUAAAAAUGGAGACACUGUGAUGGUCGGUCUUCUUCUUGAUGACCACGAAUGUGAAAAGAUUUUGACUUUUGGUCCUGUUCCUGAUGAUUCUAAACAUAAGGAAGAAGCUCAAGCUUUUGCAAAAUUCUGGGGUAACAAGUCUGAGAUUAGAAAAUUUAAAGACGGCACUUUGCGGUUGGUUGUUGAAUGGAAACCUAAUCCUCAUCGCUUUAUAGUUUUCAGCAUUGCAAAGUACCUUGUGGAAGAGUACUUUGGCUCAGAGACUGCAUCAACCCUGAGUUUUGGUAAUCAGGCUCUUCUCGAUGUUUUAAAGGUUCCCAAUCUUCCCCAGGCUAACGCUCUUCGCGUUAGUGGAACCAAUUUUUUCCAGCUGAAACGUGAAUCUUUUGCUGCGGCUACGCAGCACCUUAGCGAAAUGUCGCUAGAUAUUAACAUGCUCAUUAGUAGAGUAUCUGAAGCAUCUCCUUCUUUGAGGGACUCUUCCAUCGUUGCACCUUCGCCGUUUGAUAUCGAUGGUGAUGACUGUGUUGCAUGGGGCAUCAUUGAGUUUGAAACCUCUCAAAAAUGGCCUGAAACCAUUCGCGCAGUCGAGGAAACUAAAACAGCCUUUUUAUUAAAACUGGCUGAGGCAGUCAACUCUGCUGAUAUCUACUCUGCAAGUGUAGGAACUGACCAGGGUUUGAUUAUGCCUAAUGACAAGAUUAGAUUCUUGCAACUCGUUACACCAGAUGGCUUUAUUUUCAGAUUUAGAAUCAAGACCGAAGUUGACGAAUAUUUAUAUACCGAGUUUGACAAGCUAACAAAUGCUACUUCUUACUUGGCCAAAUAUAACCGUCUUUACAGCGGGGUUAUUGUCCACACCAGAUCUAUCUUGACACUUUCCAGACGAUUCCCCUUCUAUUCAUCCGCUGUUCGUCUUCUGAAAACUUGGUUUAACAGCCAUUUACUUACAUCCCAGAUUUCUGAGGAGUUGAUUGAGCUUUUGGCUCUCAAGCCAUUCCUAGAUUCUGCACCUUAUGUUCCCCCAAGCUCUCCAUCUUCUGCUUUUUGCCGCACGUUGGAAUUUAUUGCCAACUGGAACUGGCGUGACGAGCCUUUGAUUUUGGACAUUAAGAGAAUUGCAGACAGAGAUUUGGAGAAGCAAGAAGAGGUUUUUAAUAGAGCUUCAGCAGUUGAAGGUGUGCAAAUGGAUAACUCCAAAUAUCUUCAACUCUUGGAGAGUUUUAACGUGUUAAGAAAGUCUGAUCCUUCUCUUUCUCACGCCACAAUGUUUGUUGGCACACAAGAUGACGAUACUGGUAUCAGGUGGUCACAAAAUUUUACACCCUCUACUACCAAUAUUGUUUCGACUUCUAGAAUGACAGCGCUUGCCCGUGCUGCUCUCAACCUUUUAACCAAUCCUCGAUUCACAGAAGAAGUCAAGGUUGCUCAAAUUUUCAAGCCUUCUUUGAGUGAUUACGACAUUGUACUUCAUGUUCGUGACCCGCAGUUUGGUCAAAACAGAAAUACAAAUGGAACUAGCAAUGAUGCAAGAGCUGAUGAAUCCAAGCCUCAAAAAAAGAAAAAAACUGGCGGAUACCGAAACCUUCAGCUACUCACGUCAUUCCCCUCCGGUGAUGAGUUAAUAUACAAGAUUAGUCGCCCCAUCGAGUUGUUCUACAAGGAUCUGGUUGAAAAAUACAAGGACUCUAUUAUUUUCUUCCAUGGAUCUUUGGACUGCAGCAGUGCUCCCAGUUUGAUUGCAGGUAUCUGGCAACAGGGUAUUAAUGAACCUAAGCCAUUCAAGGUCAACUUGGGCUAUUCUACUAUCCCAGUUACUGCUGUCAGUGAUGGAGGCUCUGAACGUAGUGGAGGCAAGACCAAGAAUGGUAAAGGUAGUAGUAGUAACUUGGUUGUGUUAAACAAGCAGGCUAUUAUGGAGGAAAUGGAGCAGCUUGGAGGUGAGCUGAUUGAAGAAAUUCAGUUGAAAAUGUAA